AUGUAUAAACAUCGCAUCAAGCUCUGGGGCCUGACCAAGAACCUCUCGGCCGGCAAAGUCAGAAAAGCACUGUGGGAGGCAUCGCGGGGCAAGGCCACGCUGCCCGUGAUCCGCGGCCGCGUCCCGGGACCGGCCAGCAUGAAGCACGAGUUGCAGACGAGGCUGCCGCGCGAGUACAGCUUCCUGGCGGCGGCCGACAACAAGUCCCUCCUUUCGCGCUCCCGGACCAUGUCCCUCGAGCUCUCAUCAUCGCGGACCGUCAGCCCCUCGCCCGUGGCCACGAGCAUUGAUGCCCCCGCACAGUUCAGGUACAUUGAGAGCUGUCUGGCGGCUGUCCUUGAUUACACGCGGAACAGAGUACAGACCUCCAUAUGGGACCGAACCUGGAAUAUCGUGUUGGAGGACUACUCCGAGGUCUGGCAUAACAAGAUCUUUAACGGCCUCGUUAUGAUCAGAAAUGGAAAGAUGAAGCAAGGUUUUCAAAUGAUUGACAUUUGUCUCAAGAACUACAAGUCACUAAUACAAAAGGAGCACCCACUCUUAAUCAUAGAAACAUACUCGAUAUUUCUGCGUCUUUCGCUCGAGAGACUAGAUCUUGCGCACGUAAUUCUUCGAUAUAUCGCGGGUUUGUGCAGAGCAUGUCUAGGACCCGCUCACCCAUUUUCGAGAAUAUGGACAUCGCUCAUGCCACUUGGGAUGGACCAGAUCCGUACGGCCGCGGCUGUAGUGAUCAAGGCGCAGCUCGCACUGCUCGCAACCUAUUUUGCAGAGGAUGCUGAAUUCCUAAUCAAUCAACGGAUCGACACGGCGCGACAAACGCACUGUUACGGGAGCAUGUCCAUUGAGGAGGCGGAAGCCGACAUAGCGCAGGCUAUUCGUUUGAAAGAGGCAAAAGGCGACUCAGAUACAACGUCCUAUGUGUGCUGGGCCAAAGAGAUGCUGGCUUCUAUUUACCAACACAACAACAGAUUUGCAGAGGCCAAGCAGAUCCUGGACGAAGUUGGUCGCGAGGUCGAGUCGCAGCCUGAAGAGAUUGACCAAUUCACCACCAGUCAAUAUUUCGCCAUCACGUGCCAAGUUAUAGAGCGUAUUGGCACGUAUCAAGACUUGAAAGAUUUUUACCAACGGCGGCUCGACUGGUGUGUCAAGACUGUUGGCAAAGAUCACCAAUGGACGGUGAGGACGGUGAUUCAACUUGACACCGAGUACGGGAAGCGAAACGAUUUUGCUGCGUCAGUUCAAUUGCACCAAGCUUUCGACUUUGAGUCCAGCUGGAACCUCAUCUGUCGAAAAGAAGACAGUCGAUUUGAACACGAGACGGACAAUACCACAGCCCAGAACUGA